AAAAAAAUCUUAAUUGUGUAUGAUCUGUUGAAUCAUGGAUUACUGAGGUCUGAAACUGAAAGCAAUGCUGUUGCUGAUGGAAACAAGAACUGGGCUUAAAUGCAGAGGGAUUCCUCUUAGCACUAGCAAAAGCCUCCAGUCUGGACCCUCACCUUGAGUCCUGGGGACUCUGGCUCUCUUGAUAAGCAAUAUUUCUCAUUUAGAAGAUUAAGCCUUUAUAGAGACAAGGGAAAGUAAAAUAAAUUUGGGAAGAAUUAACAAUGCUGAAUUAAUAACAUAUUUGUAUUAGCAACAAUUAAAGGUGCACGCUGUACUUCUUUAAACCUUUUACUUAGAUUCACAGCCACAACUGUGAUACUUGCCUCAGCUAUUGUCCUUUUGUGGUCACUACUGUCAUUUCAGCUAGCCCUUCUCCUUACUUCCUCCAUCAGUGGUUACAUCACCGCGAUAUCCAGGAAUUCCUUCAUUCACACAGACAUGUCACUAACUCACAGGGAUGCUCAGCCCCACCUCACUUGUUUCAAGAGACUUACAGGGAACUCACAGAGCCCUGCUGCUCUGCUCAGCACCUUCAGCUCAAGGUUCUACCAUGAAAACUGUGGCGAUAACUACAGCUGAAAGCUGGAAUAAGACUUAAGAUGACACCCUCUAGCAUGGAGCUUUAUAAAGUGUGGGCCAUGUCUAGACUUGAAAAACCUGCUUGCAAGGAAAAUUGUGGUCAUGAAACAUAUAAAGAGAAAGACUACAAGGUUCAAUUCAACUAUUUUUACUUUUCUGGAGUCCCAGGACUCAUCUCAUCAGAUAAAGAGAUUAAUUUAAAGCCAAUCUUCAGUCCAAAGCUAUGCCUGUACACUUCAGAUGAGAUUCAUUUUGGAUUCGCUGGCAGCAAUAAGUGACAUGCCGGGAGUCAGCCUUGGAACACGAGCCACUGCCCUAAGGAGAAGCUAGCCUCACAAAGGCUGCUUUCUUUCUCGGGAAGCCUUGCCUUGCAGCACAGCCACCCAGCCUCUACGCGCCCUGGAUCGAACCUGCUCGUUGAGAGGUGUCAGUCCAAGUGUGCUCUGGGCAAUCUUUUCACUAUAACUAUUUCAACACAUGCCAAGCACAGGAAGGAUAACAACAGCAGCAUUUUCAAAAGGGGACUGAGAAGACAGGUUGAAGUGAUCUGGAUGCUUCAAAGUGGCAAGCUGACCUCACAAGCUGACUUGACCACGGUGACCGAGGUGACCUCCUUCAUCUGGUGACCAGGAUGCUCAAGGCAGAUGAUCCAAAUAACUCUGAUUUCUUCAAGAAAUGGUUGCAGACAAAAAUUGCUGGAUUUCACAAACAAGCAGUUAUGUGAGCAGCCGGCUAAGCAACAUGCUAUUAAAAACACCCCUGCCAAACCGAGGGCAGACACAGUCACCAUAUCUAUGAGGGACUGGCACAGACGCACAGCUACCACCGAGCCGGGUAAAGAGCAGCACACGACGCCUGAGCCUUCCCUGGCCCUCCGCAGCAGGCUGGGCAGGUAGGCAGGGAGCUCACCAACAUUAAUACUCGUGCAAAUGGCACACUGCAGAGCUGCCUCGUGACCUACAACGAUGAGCACAACCGCAGAAACCAGGCUGCAAAUCUGCAAAUGCCCGUGGCACUCGGCAUCACCAAACUUAACUGUGCUAAGAACCAACUCGGCCCCUUGAGGAACUUGCCAAAUAUAUCCACACGCUGAUGUGCUACAACUGCUUUGUGUGCUGUUGUGUCCUGACCGUCCGGAGCAGAUUUGCUUUCAGCUACCUGCGCACCAUCUCCUUCUACAUCGUAUCAGUCGGCUGGUUUAACGCCAAGGUGGAAGCAGUCAUCUCUCUUCUGCUGCCAUGCAACACAAAAUUCAUCAUGAGAAAAUCCUUCUGUGAAUUGUUCUGAAAGCAGUGAAAUGGGUACCCGUGAAGAACAGUAUCUGGCACAAGACUGUUAAUGACACUAAGCAAGAUUGCGACACUUCUUAAACUGAAAUAGCUCAGCUAAUACAUGCAGCCUAGAAAUGGAUUUCUGUUGACUAAUAAACUUAUGUUUUAGUAUAUUAACUAUAACCACUCUCUCCUUUAAAUAUAUUUUGACAGAUUAAAUCUCUGACAAUGAAGCCUUUUACUGCAUAUCCUUCUGGGUUUAUCAUAUUCCUGUUUGCCUUGCUGCAGAGGAGCCAUGGACAAUGCAGAGAAGCAGCUAAAAAAUCAGAGAUGAAUUUGAGUGUAAAAUACGAUCUUCCUAACUUCAUUGCGGAAACACCGAUUCAGAAUGUAGUUUUAUACGAGCAUCAUGUUUAUAUUGGAGCAGUCAACAAGAUUUAUGUACUAAAUGAAACUCUCCAGAACAUUUCUGUGUACAAGACUGGGCCCAUUUUGGAGAACCCUGACUGCGCGCCAUGUGAAGACUGCAAAGAUAAAGCCAAUUUAUCUAACAGCGUAUGGAAGGAUAAUGUCAACAUGGCACUGCUCUUAGAAACUUACUAUGAUGAUCAGCUCAUCAGCUGUGGUAGCGUGUCCGGAGGCGUCUGCCACCGUCACAUCAUUCACCCUGACAACCCUGGUGACAUCGAAAGCGAGGUGCACUGCAUGUAUUCACCCCAGGUGGACGGAGAAGCAGAUAAUUGUCCUGACUGUGUUGUAAGCAGCUUAGGAACCAAAGUUCUGGUGACUGAAAAGGACAGGUUUGUCAACUUCUUUGUUGGAAAUACUGUGACAUCUACAUUUCAGCCUCCUCAUGUGCUGCAUUCAAUAUCAGUUAGAAGGUUAAAAGAAACACAGGAUGGUUUUGAAUUUCUCACAGAUCAGUCUUACAUAGAUAUCCUCCCUCAGUUCCGCGACUCGUACCCCAUUAGGUAUGUCCAUGCCUUUGAAAAGGAUCACUUUGUCUAUUUUCUGACUGUCCAGAGAGAAUCUCUUGACUCCCAGGCUUUUCACACUAGAAUUAUCCGCUUCUGCACUUUAGACUCAGAGAUGCGUUCUUACAUGGAAAUGCCUCUUGAGUGUAUUUUUACCGAAAAGCGGAGGAAGAGGUCCAUCCGAAAGGAGGUAUUCAACAUUUUGCAAGCUGCCUACGUAAGCAAGCCAGGUGCAGCUCUAGCCCACGAAAUGGGCCUUGGGUUGAACGACGAUAUUCUCUACGGCAUUUUUGCACAAAGCAAACCAGACUCUUCCGAGCCCACCAACCGAUCUGCGGUCUGCGCCGUGUCCGUGCGAACCAUCAAUGAGUUCUUCAACAAGAUUGUCGACAAGCAGAACAUGAAAUGUCUCCAGCACUUUUACGGGAAAGAGAGCAAAUACUGCUUGAACAGGGCUUUUUCAAGAAAUGCUUCGUACUGCAGAGCACAAGAUGAUGAAUAUCGCUUAGAAGUUACGACUCCUUUGCAGAGGGUUGACUUGUUCAUGGGCCAGUUCAACAGUGUCCUGUUAACUUCGAUAUCUGUCUUCACCAAAGGGAACCUCACCGUUGCUAAUCUGGGAACUUCGGAGGGCCGCUUCAUGCAGAUAGUGGUUUCCCGUUCAGAACCCACAGCUCCACAUGUCAGCUUUCAGCUCGACUCCCACCCUGUCUCUCCCCAAGUUGUUGUCGAGAAUUCAUUAGCAGAUGAUGGCUAUACCCUGGUAGUGACUGGGAAAAAGAUAACGAAGAUCCCGCUGAAGGGGCCGGGCUGCCAUCACUUCGGGUCCUGCAGCCAGUGCCUGCUGGCGCCUCCCUUCAUGCAGUGCGGCUGGUGCGGCCAGCAGUGCCUCCGGGCUCGCCAGUGCCCUGGCCGCACCUGGACACAGGACACCUGCUUGCCUACGGUUCAUGAGAUUCUCCCAAGCAGUGCUCCCUUAGAAGGCGGGACAAAACUGACACUGUGUGGAUGGGACUUUGGAUUCAGCAAAAAUAAUAAAUUUGAAUUAAAAAAUACAGUAGUCCAUAUCGGAGGACAAAUUUGUGCUCUGGAAGCAAAAUCUAGCAACAAAAACAAGCUGGAAUGCACAGUUCCUGCUGCAAAAAAUCCAGGUUUUAAUAUAUCCAGUAGUGUUUCUGUUGGACAUGGCAAAACACUAUUCAAUACAUUUUCAUACGUGAAUCCUGUAAUAACAAGUAUCUCUCCCACCUAUGGCCCCAAAUCUGGAGGAACAUUGCUGACUAUAGCUGGAAAAUACCUAAACUGUGGAAAAUCCAGAAGGAUUUUUGUUGGCGAGAAACCAUGCACCUUGAAAAGCGUAUCGGUGAGCACUAUAGAGUGCUACACUCCGGCACAACAAAUUCCCCAGGAAUAUCGUGUGAGGGUGGGAAUCGACGAAGCUAUUCGAGAUGUGAGUGGUCAUUUCACAUACAGAGAAGACCCCAUUGUUUUAAAAAUUCAUCCAGCCAAAUCUUUUCUUAGUGGUGGAAGUACAAUCACAGCUCAGGGAAUCAACUUGAACUCAGUGUGCUUUCCUCAGAUGGUGAUUACUGUACCUAAACUGGGAAUGAACUUCUCUGUGGCAUGUAGCCACCGCUCUAGCUCAGAGAUAAUCUGCUGUACAACUCCUUCACUGAAAGCCUUCAAUCUCCAGCCACCCUUUGUAACCAAAGUGUUCUUUAUUUUUGACGGUGUCAGCUCUUCGUACUUUGAUUUUGAUUAUGUAAAUAAUCCUGUAUUUAAGCAUUUUGAAAAGCCAGUGUUCAUCUCAAGAGGCAACCAAAACGUUCUGGAAAUUAAGGGAAAUUAUAUUGAUUCAGAAGCUGUUAAAGGAGAGGUGCUAAAAGUUGGAAAUAAAAGCUGCGAAAACCUCCUCCUGCAGUCGGAAUCAAUUCUGUGUACGGUUCCCAGUGAUCUCCUGAAAUCCAACAGCGAGCUAAAUAUAGAGUGGAAGCAAGAAGAUUUGUCAACAGUUAUCGGAAAAGUGCUGAUCCGGCAAGAUCAGAAUUUCACAACACUAAUUGCUGCAGUUGUUUCAGUAUCAGUUUUAAUUUUGAUCUUUUUGGUGGUUUGCGCCUGGAGAAGGAAGAAGAAACAAAUUAAAGAUCUGGGAAGCGACCUAGUGCGCUAUGAUGGCAGAGUGCACACUCCUCACCUGGACAGGCUGGUGAGCGCGAGGAGUGUAAGUCCAACAACAGAAAUGGUUUCAAGUGAAUCUGUAGACUACAGAUCAACUUUUCUAGAAGAUCAGUUUCCAAGCAUGUCUCAGAAUGGAUCGUGCAGACCUGCCCAGUAUCCUCACUCUGACCUCUCCCCAAUUCUGUCCAGCGGGGACUCAGAUUUAGCCAGUCCACUUCUCCAAACUAAUGUCCACAUCGACAUCAGUGCCUUAAACCCCGACCUGGUCAAAGAAGUGCAGCAUGUGGUUAUUGGUGCUGACAGCCUGAUUGUGCACUUCAGCGAAGUGAUAGGAAGAGGACAUUUUGGGUGUGUGUACCAUGGGACAUUGCUCGAUAACGAUGGCGGGAAAAUUCAUUGUGCUGUGAAGUCACUGAAUAGGAUUACAGACCUGGAAGAAGUAGCUCAGUUUCUGAAAGAAGGAAUAAUCAUGAAAGAUUUCACUCAUCCCAAUGUUCUGUCACUCCUGGGAAUCUGUUUGCCCAAUGAAGGAUCCCCCUUAGUCGUUCUGCCGUACAUGAAACAUGGAGAUCUUCGAAACUUCAUUAGGAAUGAGACUCAUAACCCAACGGUAAAAGAUUUAAUUGGAUUUGGCCUUCAGGUCGCAAAAGGGAUGAAAUACCUUGCAAGCAAAAAGUUUGUCCAUAGAGACUUGGCAGCAAGAAACUGUAUGUUGGAUGAAAAAUUCACUGUCAAGGUUGCUGAUUUUGGUCUUGCUAGAGAUGUCUAUGAUAAAGAAUACUACAGUGUGCACAAUAAAACAGGAGCUAAACUGCCAGUGAAAUGGAUGGCUUUAGAAAGUUUACAAACUCAGAAGUUCACAACAAAGUCAGAUGUGUGGUCCUUUGGUGUGUUGUUAUGGGAACUUAUGACAAGAGGGGCACCACCUUAUCCUGAUGUAAAUUCUUUUGAUAUCACUGUUUACUUAUUACAAGGAAGAAGGCUGCUACAACCUGAAUACUGCCCCGACCCACUGUAUGAAGUCAUGCUGAAGUGCUGGCAUCCAAAACCUGAGAUGCGCCCAGCAUUUUCUGAACUUGUUUCAAAAAUAUCAACAAUCUUCUCCACUUUUAUUGGGGAACACUACGUUCAUGUCAAUGCUACUUAUGUCAACGUGAAGUGCAUUGCUCCCUAUCCUUCUCUUUUAUCAUCACAACACAACACAGACAUGGACGUUGACACAUGACGGGUAUGUCUGAAAUAGAGGAAAAUCCAUUCUUAGUUGUAUGAACAAAAAGCAAAACAUUUUGUCCACUAGUUUUUACUGCCCAGUCUUUGUGAGAACACUGUUGCACAUGUUUAUGUUGUUGCCCAAAUUGCACUAGUACAAGGACAUGGUUUCAUAUUGUUUAAGGCUAUGGGAUUCUAUAGACCAUCACAGUAAUUUCCAAGUAUUUGGACAAAUGCAUCAAUUUACGAAAUGGGAACGUCGUGUGCUACCAUCCAGAGCUAGUUCCCACUAGCUCUCAGUAACGUGUGCUCAGACCCAAGAACAAAGAUUCAUCAUUAAUGCCAUGAAGGAGAAAGUAGAAUACCACUCAGUACGGCUGGAAGGACUGUUACUGUUGCGUGUACUUUAGGAUAAUGAGCAGUGCAGAAAUGUUUUCACACAAAAGGCUAAGACAAACAAUGAGAGUUUUUUCCUCCCGCAUAGUCCAAACUUUGGAUUUUUGCACUACAUCAACAAGGUUUCUUAGAACAUAGGCAGCCAAGAGAGCCAGCCUCAUGGUAAGUGUCCUAACAGAAAUCAACAUCAAAAAACGGUGUGCAGUUAAAUAAGUGUGUCAGCCUUGCCAGUCCUCUGGUGUAGUCAGACGGUACAUAAAAUGAAGGGAAAAUCAUUUAGCUUCAAGCAUUCCUAGUGGCAACUUUAUUCCAACAUUCAGCCACUUCUUUGAGUCAAACGGCCUGUAUCAACAGAUCUCUUGCCGAAAAAUGCAAAACCUCCAUUUCUUUCAAUAAAUAAUUAACCACUCUCUGAGAAUAAAAACUUGAAUGCAUCCAUAUUAAAUGCCAGGCUGAUCCCUGGGAUGUAGUCACAUUAUUCUAGGGAGGAAGAGGCGACAGGCAGGCUGGCAACCAUACGGAGCUGCUGUCUGGUGAGUCACUCGGCGAGUAGCUGAAGCUGUGCCACCUACCCUUGGGUGGAGCUGCCGCCAAAGGUGAGUAAGGAGCAGAGGCGUGUUAGCCAGCCGUGACCUAAAAAGACACCGCCAUAGCAGGAAUGUGGAUAGCUUCUUCAUGCCAGCCCUGAAGAGCGGAGAAGACCGAUCAAAAGGAGACAGAGCUUUAGGCCUCUUCUUGGCUCACACAACCCAAUGAAUUAUGAUACCUACUUUUAUUUCUAAAGUAUGACCAGAGAAACAGUUUUGAAGAGAGGUAGUAAACAAAACUUUCAUUCAUUAGGGAAGAGUACUACAGCUUUAGGGCAAGCAUCACAUGUCAUUUCUGUUCCUGUGGAAUUCUGUGCAUACUACUGUAUAGCUUGUUUAGUAUAGGACAGAACUGGGUUUGUUGGUGUAAACACAUAAAGUAUUCUAUUUUUAUAUUAAAAAAAAAGUUUAUUUUUAAUGACAUUUACAAAGUUUGGUUAGGCCACAAAAUACUGCACUGUGAACAUUUCAGAAAAUGUAUGUCAAUGUACAUGAUUCAUAAAUUGUAGCAACCUUAAAAAAUACUUUGUAAAUAUUAAAAAGGAAAAGAACUGACUGUAAACACACUCCACCCUAAGUAUAAUAUCUCCGUUGCUGCAAGCCAACCAUUUAAGAUCUUCAAAGAGAAGUAGUACAGAUAAAGAACUGAUAGAAGGGAGACAUAUUGUUCUUGGGAGACAGUGUUAUAACCGAAAGAUUUAUAAUGAGGGCAGAGUGUGUAGGCAAACUAUGAGCAGAUAAUAUUGUAUUGUGUUUCAUCACCACUUUCAUUUCAGAAACGAACUUUCAUGUCUGCUGAGAGCAAUACUAAUUGUAGAUUGCUCAAGGACAAAAGGCUUUGCUGCAGGCAAAAAAAAAAAAAAGAAAAUCAUCUCUAUGGUUUUUAAAACAGCUAAGGAAGUUUAUGACACAUAGCUUUGGAGAAGAUACUCCAAAACUUGUACAUACAUGCUUGAGGAACGCUGCAAUGUGAAACAAAGGACAUUUUUACUAUUUAUGAACUUUUGCUUAAUAAAGUUAAUGUUGUGUCUGGGACACCUGUAAGAAUAUGUGAUUCUGGUAAAGAUUUGAUGUUAGUAAGUUCAUAUAUCUGCAAAAGAGCUGAAUGGUACUUAUGUUCAUAGUUGUUAUGACCUAAUAAACAUGUUAUUAAAAUGAA